AUCAGUGAACCCUGAAGUGUUUGUGUGACCUUUUCCAAAUGGUGGCACAUAGCAAACCAGUGAAGGAACAGGACAAUGCUCGGGGAACAGCAAUCUUGUUUGAUCCAGGGAGGGGUUGCCUGUUACCAAGUGACAUCAUACAGAAGGAACCAGGAACAUUCCUGACAGUGAAAAACCAAUUGAGUGGUAAGAUGUACUCCCUUGGUGAUCAGUCUCCGGUGCAAUAUCAGAAACGUGUGGAAGAAGAUGGAGUGGCAGAUAUGACCCAGCUGGAAGACCUACAUGAUGGUGCAGUGUUGUACAAUUUAAAGAAGAGGUUUGAACAACAUAUUAUAUAUACAUACAUUGGCACCAUCCUUUUAUCUGUAAAUCCAUAUAAAAUGUACAACAUUUACGGGACCGAUACAGUGAUGAAAUAUAAAGGGAAAUCAUUUGCAGAAAACCCACCACAUCUCUUUGCCAUUGCUAAUGUGGCCUAUUCAAAAAUGGUUGAUGCCAAACACAAUCAGUGCAUUAUAAUCAGUGGUGAAAGUGGAUCAGGCAAGACUGAAGCCACCAAACUGGUCCUCUGUUAUCUGGCUUCUGUACACCACACACGCAAAGACAACGUGACACAACAGAUCCUUGAAGCCACACCCCUUUUGGAGUCCUUUGGAAAUGCCAAAACUGUUCGAAAUGAUAACUCCAGUAGAUUUGGAAAGUACAUUGAAAUAUUUUUGCAAGAUGGGGUGAUAUGUGGUGCCAUAACCUCGCAGUAUCUCCUUGAGAAGUCGAGGAUUGUGUUUCAGGCCAAAAAUGAAAGGAAUUACCAUAUUUUCUAUGAGAUGCUGGCAGGACUCUCGAGCCAACAGAAGCAAAGAUUCUAUCUUCAGGAGGCUGAAACAUACUACUACCUGAAUCAGGGAGGAAACUGUGAAAUUUCUGGGAAGGAUGAUGGGGAGGAUUUCCACAGGCUACUCAGCUCAAUGGAGGUGCUCAGUUUUAGUCCAGAUGAACAGAACAGCAUCUUCCGCAUUCUCUCUUCAGUUCUUCACCUUGGGAAUGUCUACUUUGAGAAAUAUGAGACAGACUCACAGGAGAUUGCUUCAGUGGUAAGUGCUCGCGAGAUUCGAGUGGUGGCAGAACUGUUACAGAUCUCUCCUGAGGGGCUGCAGAGGUCCAUCACGUAUAAAGUGACAGAAACCGUGAGGGAGAAGAUUUUCACCCCUCUAACUGUGGAAAGUGCAGUUGAUGCCAGAGAUGCUGUUGCCAAGAUUCUUUACUCCUUGCUGUUCAGUUGGCUCACUGACAGGAUCAACAAGUUGGUUUCCCCAAAGACAGAAUCCUUGUCCAUAGCCAUUUUAGAUAUUUAUGGAUUUGAGGAUUUGUGUGUUAACAGCUUUGAGCAGUUAUGUAUUAAUUAUGCUAAUGAGUACCUACAAUACUUCUUCAAUAAGAUCAUCUUCAAAUUGGAGCAGGAGGAGUAUAUCAGAGAACAGAUCGACUGGAAGGAAGUUACAUUUAGUGACAACCAGACUUGCCUCGAUCUCAUCUCACAGAAGCCUCAUGGGAUCCUUAGGAUAUUGGAUGACCAAAGCACCUUCCCACAGGCAACUGACCACACCUUCCUUCAAAAAUGUCACUAUCACCAUGGCAAGAACCCUCUGUACUCAAAGCCAAAGAUGCCUCUGCCUGAGUUCUCCAUUAAACACUAUGCUGGGAAAGUGACAUAUCAAGUCUACAAAUUUAUUGAGAAGAAUCAUGACCAAGUUCGACAAGAUGUCAUGGAGUUGUUUGUCAACAGCAAAACAAAGAUUCUAACUAGUCUCUUUUCUGGACAAACCAUGAAAGUGAUGUCAACCAGGAACAAUACUAUUAACCACAGAUACCAGCCUCCCACUGUAGCAGCAAAAUUCCAACAGUCUCUGAUGGAACUGGCAGAGAAGAUGGAAAGCUGCAAUCCUUUCUUUGUUCGCUGCAUCAAACCAAACAAUAAGAAGGAGUCCGAACUUUUUGAGGUCGAUGUUGUCAGCUUGCAGCUACGCUAUUCCGGAGUUCUAGAAACUAUCCGUAUCCGGAAGGAGGGAUAUCCUGUCCGUAUUACAUUUGAUAAUUUCAUCAAGAGGUACAAAAUCUUAUUGGGAUUGACACAUCAGAUAAAGGCAGACGGCGAGAACUGUAUAACCAUCUUGAAACAGAUUGUAUCUGUCAGCAAAGGAAUGUACAGCAUCGGGCUCACCAAGACUAAUGCUGCCAACAAAGACCCAACCCAGCCGCUGAUCCCCCAUGAUGCUGCCAAAGGGAAGUUACCUGUCAACAGACCCAAUACUGCUGAAACCCCAAAACCCAAACUCGCAACACAAGAUCCUGUGCAUCACACCACACUUAAUUCAGAGCACUUUCCUGAGCCAACACACAACAUCAAGGAUAUCAUCAGACAAUAUGAGCAAUCAGCAACUCAGAAGAAAACUGGACUAAUCAGAAAAGAAGGUGGAAAGAUAUUCACGAAGAAAAUGGACCCUCAUGAAGAGGCAAUGUUUAUCUUGAAAGGACAGAUAAUGCCGCAUGUCUCCCAGAAGCCAGCACCUGCACCGUCAAAGGAUAAGAAUUCCAAAGAAGCCGUUGCCAUGGUGAAGCCUGUCAGUGGCAUGACACGGAAGAGCAGCACCAGACCAGUGCCAGCUGUCUCUGCCAGGCACCCUGUGUUCUCGGGAGCGUCAGUUUCCCGGGAGCUGACAGGAGAAGAUGAGAGGAUCCAGACACAGCUACAUGGGCAGCCGUCUGAGGGAUACUACACCUACAGCAAAAUGCCCUGCGACCUCUGUAUCCGCAAAGAGGUGUUUUAUCCCAAGGAAAGUUUCCACAGCCCGGUGAUACUGGAUCUUAUUUUCAGACAGAUCGUGAGCGACACGUUCUCUGAAACUUGUGUGAGACUGAAUAAAGAGGAACAGAUGAAGAUGAAAUCUUUACUGGCUGAAAACAAGAUUGUAUCCUCGACUCUGGUGAAGGAUGAAGCUGUCAAGAGGAAGAUUGUAAUGGCUGCCAGAGAAGCUUGGGAUGUUUAUUUCUGCCGUCUGUUCCCUGCCUCUGGCAGUGUGGGUACUGGAGUGCAGAUUCUGGGAGUCUCCCAUAAAGGAAUCUGUCUACUAAAACUAGUGAGAGCCAGCAGCACAGCAGCAGAGAACCUGAGGGUCCUCAGAAGUUACAGCUACUCGGACAUCUUAUUUGCCACCAUCCCUUCUAAAAACAUGCUGGACUUCAACCUCACCAAUGAAAAGCUGAUUCUGUUUUCCUCCAAGGCUCCACAAGUUAAGAGUAUGAUUGAUUACUUCAUCACUGAACUGAAGAAGGAUUCUAACUAUGUAAUAGCAGUGAAGAGUCACAUCACAAAUAACAUCUCCUACCUACGAUUCCACAAGGGUGACAUCAUUCGUUUACAACCCAUGGAUGGUCUUAAGGAAGGUCAGUACCAUUGCUAUGGCUGUAUAGUCAGGAAGAAGGUCAUAUACCUCGAGGACCUAAAGAAAUACACUCCUGAUUUUGGCUGGAAGUUUGGAGCAUUCCAUGGCAGGUCUGGGCUUUUCCCUGUGGAAUACGUGCAGCCUGUGGCUGCCCCAGACUUUAUUCACCUAAGCACAGACAAGAAAGAAGAACCAAUGGACAAAAAGGGCAAAGUAGCAGCUUCAGCCUCAGCCACUGUGGCAGCUGCAGUGGGAUCGACAGCAGCAGCUGAAGAACUGGACAGAAAGUCAGAGGCCUCCCCACCAGUCAAUGAGCUUAUGGAGAGUAUACCUGAAUAUGUCCUUCAGGAUAACCAGUACACCAUGAUCGAAUUUGCCAAGAAAUACUUCCGUCAGCCCCACAAGUUAAAAAGUGAGAUCACCAAAGAAAAGUCUAAAAAAGGCAGAGAUCCCAAGGACCCAGCUGAGAUGGUGAAGUAUACAAAGACUCCAAUCCAAGAGUCCCUGAUUGAGUUCUGUGAUGAGAAUUUGAACAAGGUGGCAGCUGAGAUCUUCAUUGCUGUUAUGAAAUUUAUGGGGGACCAUCCACUCAAAGGGCAGACAGAACAAGACAUUGUCUAUAGUAUUCUUAAGCUGUGCGGGGAACAUGAAGUAAUGAAAGAUGAAACCUACUGCCAGAUUAUCAAACAGAUCACUGACAACACCAGCACAAAAACUGAUAGUGUUCAGCGAGGCUGGAGACUGCUCUAUAUCCUCACCGCCUAUUACAAGUGUUCAGAAGUGUUCAAGCCUUACCUCUUUAAGUUGCUGGAGUCUGUUUGCAGGAUUCCUGGUGCCAGUUUUCAAGGAAUUGCUAAAGCUUGUGAUCACAACCUGAAGAAAACCUUCCAGUUUGGUGGCAGGACCCAGUUCCCGGAUGGCAUGGAGCUCAAAGCCAUGGUGGCUGGGAGAAGCUCCAAACGACAAAUGUUCUUGUUGCCUGGUAACAUGGAGAGACAUCUGAAGAUAAAAACCUGCACAGUUGCAGUUGAUGUGAUUGAAGAGUUUUGCAAUGAAAUGGGGUUUCAAAACCCAGAGGCUGCAAAUGAAUAUUCUAUGUUUGUUAUCACCAACAAAGGACAAAUCGUGCAUCCACUGAAAAAGAAAGACUACAUCCUUGAUGUAAUUACAGAAAUGGAACAAGUUGAUCAAAACUUCACCUUCUGUUUCCGACGUGUGCUCUGGUUUCAACCUCUGAAGUUUGAGAAUGAGCUGUGUGUGACUGUGCAUUAUAAUCAGAUUGUUCCAGAUUACCUGAAAGGACUCUUCCAUGUACUGAAUCAGGAUACGAUGAGUGAGAGUCAGCUCCAGCAAGCGUCAAAGUUGGCAGCUCUGCAACAACGGGCAAAAGACAGUCUGUAUCUGCCUACCAUCCGUGAGGUGCAGGAUUGCAUCCCUCCACAGAUUUACCAAUUUCAGCGGCCACAAUCCUGGUUGAACAUGGUGACACAGAAUAUCCAACAUGUUCAGGCCCUCAGCUCUCACCAGGCCAGAGCCCAGUUGCUUGGGCUUGUGAGUGCAUUCCCCAUGUUUGGAUCCUCGUUCUUCUACAUUCAGAGCAGCAGCAACAGUGCAAUUGUUGCCCCUUGUAUUCUGGCUGUCAACCAGAAUGGACUCAAUUUCCUGAACAAGGAGACACAUGAGCUAAUGGUCAAUUUCCCAUUGAAAGAGGUACAGUCCACCCUGACUCAACAAUCAGGCCCCAGCAACAGCUAUCCAUACGCAGAGAUUAAACUGGGAGACUUGAUGUCCCAAAGAAUAACACAACUUCAGCUUGAUCAGGUAUGA